AUGGCCAGUCAGAAGCGCAUUGGCAAGGAGUUAAGUGAGCUCACUGCAAGCCCGCCAGAGGGCAUCUCAGUCGAAUUGGCCGAUGAGGCGGAUCUCUUUAAAUGGAAGGUUUUCAUGAAUGGGCCUGAAGGGUCGCCAUACGAGGGUGGAAAAUUCUUGGUGAACCUCACCCUCCCCAACGAGUACCCCUUCAAGCCACCGACUGUUUCCUUUGGCACAAAGAUCUACCAUCCAAAUGUCACCAAUGACGAAAAGGGAAGCAUGUGCUUGGGUAUGCUCCGAGCCGACGAGUGGAAGCCAAGCUCCAAGAUUGCCGCAGUUUUGGAGUUUGCGCGCCAGCUGCUUCUAGAGCCGAUGCCUGAUGAUGCUGUUGAGGGACGGAUCGCCGAACAAUACAAGAGUGACCGGAAGCGCUACGAUGAGAUUGCGCGGGAAUGGACUCGGAAAUGGGCCAUGUCGGGCCAGUGA